UCAAUUUUGCAAAAUGAAUCUUCUUCUUACCUUUUUGGCUACUAUUCUGUGUGUCAGUGAGUUAGUCUCGACACUUCAACCGGAGUGCAAACUUCCAUUGGACAUGGGAAAAACACCAUGUAAAAAUGGAAAGAAGGAGAUAAGAUACCACUUUGACCAAAAAUCCAAUAUCCCAUUGGCUUUUGAGUACAGUGGAUGUGGAGGAAACAAGAAUAAUUUCAAAACUGAGAGUGAAUGUCGAUUUACAUGUACUGGAUAUGAUCAAUCGGGAUGUGCCGCUGGAAGUAAGCCAAUAAACGAUAAAAACUGCCAAACCGAUGAAGAAUGUGGGCCAAAAGGUAUCUGUAGGUACUCUAAUCAUAUUAAUAUUUGCUGUGACAAGAAGAUUGAAAAGUUGAUUGAAGCUGAUUAUGAGCCAAAAUGUCCAAAAGGAAAGAAAGUUGCAAAAAUUGUCGAGGGUGGAAUCCCUACAACGAUUGUUGGGAAGAGUUGCAAAUCAAAGUUCUGUCCAGCUGGAGCAACCUGUGUGGAGGGAACAUAUUUUGCCACUUGCUGCAAUUAAUUAUUUUCGGCCGUGCAUGUUUAUCUAUAUAAACUUUUUUAUUAAUGAAUUAAUAUAACUAAUA